UUUAGUAAAGAACUAGUGACAGGUUGUUAUGCUUAGAAAUAAUGAUACCUUUAUUCUUAUUUUAACAUAAUUUUAAAAUACGUACAGGCAUAAUAACGACGUAAUUACCGUUUUAUUCGACAGGUUUCGAAGUUCACCAUGCGAAUGAGACAACGCUUCUGCAAAGUAACCUUCAACCUGUAAAACCUUGCUUUCAGCGUCCAGCCGGGCCUUCGAGGCGGCGCGGAAAAGGCGCGCACCGGGCGGGGGCGUGGCGCGCGCCAGCGGUGCCGCCGCCUCACGGUCGCGCCUGACUACGUGCCCUGUUCUGCCUUCACAGACCAUCAGCUGUUCGAAGAGGCACUGAACAGCCUAUCACGCAUCAACAUGAACCACUCGUGCAGCGUGCCGGCCGAGCAGCUGGUGCGCGUGAGCGAGGAGUUCCCCAGCUCGAGGCUGCAGUACCUGCCGACCAGCGUGCUGCUGCGCCGCUGCUCCGACCACAGCGGCUGCUGCUACGACCACCAGACGUGCGCGGCCAGGGCUGCCGUCAAGGUCCAGCGCACGGUCAUGGUGCUGGACUACGUUUCUGGGCCCUUGUUUCUAAAAUAUCCGAAGAAGCUGACGUUCGCAGAGCACACCAGCUGUCACUGCGUGGACCGGACGGCAUCCGCCUCCUGUCCCAGCACCUUCACACCGGCGCUCAACGACGACCGGACGACGGGCGACCGACGGAGAACAGGCCAGUCGCGUCACAGCUCUCCAGCCAGUCAGAUCCGGCGUCGCGAGUGCCGCUGUCCGAGGGAAUUCGUGUCCCGCCCGAUGCCGGACGGCAGCUGCAAGUGUGACUGCAUCGACGGCAACACGAAAUGCAUCAGAACCAAACGAGGCCAGACAUACAUCCGGGAAGAGCAGCAUAGGUGCAUCCUGAGCGGCGAAUGCGACCCGCCCGCCUGCGCGUACGGCAAGUACGGGCGGCGCGCCAGCCGGUGCCCGCGGCGGCGCGAGAAGCCGCCUGCACGCUGGCUCAAGUUCACCGUCUGAGGCCAGCUCAAGGCCGACCUACACGGCCGCCGGCGGCGUGUGUCUGUGUGUGUGAGCCUGUGACGUCAUCGGGACACAGCGCGCCGGCCGUGGUCGCCAUGGCGCUGAGGUUGCGGCGCCCGCCGCCAGCGCCGGGCGCCUCGGGUGGCCUCAGACCGCUGUCGCAGUUGCGCCAGCAGUGCGUGGAGGAGCUCACCAGCGGCCCAUCACUUGCCGUGUUAAGCCAGUCCGGCCAGUGACUAGAGGGCUGGGAGCUGGCCCGGCCCGGGAGUGACUGUCUCCACGGUGGUGCGCCCAGCGCGCGGACCCCGAGCGGCACCUGCGCGGUCAUCCACGCAGCUUCAAUACACAGGAGUUGGCGCCAUGUGCCAUGACCAGUGAUUGUUAUCCACUCACGGAUUCGCUAGUGGAUGGUUCGUUGGAUGAUAUGCCUAUCCACCAUGUAGAUUAUUGCCGCACUCUACUAAAGGCGUAUGACUAUGUCCCAGACUGCGCUUUGAAGGAAGUGGCUGUUUUCACUCGCCGUUAGGGUCAUCAUGAACAUUCUCUUGCUUGCCGUACGCCCAGCGGAUUUUGUGGAUGCCAACAUUUAAUACAUUUCGUAUA